AUGUCUGUCCAAAUUGGUAUCAACGGCUUCGGUCGCAUUGGCCGCAUCGUCUUCCGCAACUCCAUCGCCCACGGCAAGGCCGAUGUCGUCGCCAUCAACGACCCCUUCAUCGACCUCGACUACAUGGUCUACAUGCUCAAGUACGACUCCACCCACGGCCCCUUCAAGGGCGAGGUCAAGACCGAGGGCGGCAAGCUCAUCGUCAACGGCAAGGCCAUCCAGGUCUUUGCCGAGCGUGACCCUGCCCAGAUCCCCUGGGGCAAGGCUGGCGCCCACUACGUCGUCGAGUCCACCGGUGUCUUCACCACCACCGAGAAGGCCGGCGCUCACUUGAAGGGCGGCGCCAAGAAGGUCGUCAUCUCGGCCCCCUCCGCCGACGCCCCUAUGUACGUCUGCGGCGUCAACCUCGACCAGUACGACCCCAAGGUAGAGGUCUUCUCCAACGCCUCUUGCACCACCAACUGCCUUGCCCCCCUCGCCAAGGUCAUCAACGACAAGUUCGGCCUCGUCGAGGGUCUCAUGACCACUGUCCACGCCACCACCGCCACGCAGAAGACCGUCGACGGGCCCUCUGGCAAGGACUGGCGCGGUGGUCGCUCCGCCUCGACCAACAUCAUCCCCUCGAGCACCGGCGCCGCCAAGGCCGUCGGCAAGGUCAUCCCUUCGCUCAACGGCAAGCUCACCGGUAUGGCAUUCCGUGUCCCCACGACCAACGUUUCGGUCGUCGACCUCACCUUCCGCACCGAGAAGCCAGCUUCUGCUGACGACAUCAAGGCUGAGAUCAAGAGGGCUAGCGAGCAGGAAUUGAAGGGCGUGCUUGGAUACACGGAGGACGCUAUCGUCUCCACUGACCUCAACAGCACGACCUACUCGUCGUACUUUGACGCCGCAGCCGGCAUUUCUCUCAACCAAAACUUCCACAAGGUCGUCAGCUGGUGA